GUAGGGGAAGCUUCGGGGUUGCUGGAGGAAGAUGGGUUACAGCUGGUGGAGUGGGCUGGGGUCCCCAACAUCUGUCCCUCCCUGCCACUUACUUAUUCCUCUUUCUAGCAUCCCACUUGCCUGCUCCUCACUGCAGUUCUUCCCAUGCUCUGGUCCAGCCGGGGGCACAGUGAGACAGGGGCUGCUUGGCUGACAGAUUUUGAAGGGAUUUAAUGGUGGCCCACUAGAGACCAAGCUGAGCCUGGCCUGCUCAUUUUACUGGUGAUUCAAGAAGGAUUUACAGGCAGUAACUGAGUGAAGAGAGGCCAUGCCACCUGGUGAACAAACAUGAUGCACUUUGCCAAAAAUACGUAGACUUUACACCUGGAAAAUAUGCAGAGUACAUUGAGGACAUGGCUAAGUGGGAUCCUUGUCAAAGAUGGAAAAGGUACAGUCCUAUUUAACGUUGGAUGAAGAUGACUUGCUCUCUGACCUAAGCAGUGGGGACCUAGAGAUGUUGCUAUCAUUCCUCGUGGGUAAGGUACAUGAAAUCGAAGUGAGAGUGAGCACAGAGAAGGAUGAGAUCAUGAGACUUGAGACAGAAAGAGCACAAUACGUCACAGAAAGAGACAACUGUCUGUCACUGGCAGCACAGAUUGUGCAUUUGCAUCCAGUAUUGGAAGAGGAAUUCAAGACUCGAGAACGACUUCAAGCUGUUGUAUCUGAGCUGAAAAGGCUGAAAAAGGAUAUUGCUCAAGAUACCAGUGAGCAGCCAGAUGCGGCCAAAUUAGAACAGUUGAUAGCUGAAUCAGAAACCAUGAUAACCUCUCUCCAUCAGAAACAGCGUAUGUUUAAAAGCGAGAAAAUUCAUCUGACUAAGGUACUGGAGACCACCCAAAAUACGCUUUCCGAGGCACAGGCAGAAAGCCAUGCAGGACUCCCACAAAUGGACUCUUGGAGAGUGCUGGUAACAACACUUAAUCACACAUCUAAGUAUUCUUUUUUUUUUUUAAACUUGAAGUGUCCCCUUACCUUCUUAACUUCUGUGGAUAAUAAUAAAGAUGCACAGAGUUUGGAUCCACAUCAAAACUUCCCCAAAGAUCUGAGGAGUUUGGGUGUGAUUAAUAAUCUUCUAUAUUGAGCCUCUAUAGAAGAAUCCUGUAUGGAUCCUUUCCUGAUAGAACUUGAAAGUGAUUCCUCCAAGGAUCUCAAUGUACUUUGGAAUAACAAUAAAAUGGUUUCAGGAUCUUCUUGAGAUAGUGGACUUAGCCCGGUCCAGACUGGAAGGCCCAUUGAAGUUCUGCAUUUGGGUGUUAAACUUGAUGGCAGUCUACACCUUUGUCACUUCCUCUUCAAAGCCAGAGAUGUGUGUUGUGCAAGGUUGGCUGAGUCGGAUAUACAAAGCAAAGGUUCACGAUCUGGCCAUGAUGGUGUCUUCUCCAAAGGUCAAGGUCUGUCCCCAGCAAAGCAAUUUUUAAAAAGACUGGCAACCUUGUACCCUCCCAGCUAGGAGCUUAUUGACCAAUGGGUCAACCAAACUCACAGAAAGACUCUUUUGAGCACAUAAGGCUCUGCUUUCUGUACCCCUUCUCAUGAAAGGUCUUGCUCUUAGUGGACAAGUCAGCCAUGAGAGUCUUUGAAUUGCCGGCCUUUAUGGCUAAUCACGUUUUACCAUUUUCCACAUAGGCACUAGCCCAAGUUUCUGACCGAAAUUAUAUUGAAUUUUCAUCUCUGUGUAAAUCACUAUCUGUGAUUUGCCCCAGAGGCCCAUAGGUGUCCUGUGGAGUCUUGGAUAUGCGUGUCAAGAGCCAUUUGCUACUAAUAAUUUUUCAAUUUAGAAGGUAGAACAGGCUGUUUGUGGCCAUCGGAGAAAAAUCCAAAGAUCAAGCCAUUUCUGUGAGGAAAAGACACUGCAUCCAGUCUUAUCAAUUUAGGGCUCGUUUAUCUAGGGAGAUACUUGCUAUCAAAGCAGCUACCCUUGGUGUGCAGCCUCCUGUGACAUCAUUAGGGCUGCUGCGUGGGGUUCAGCUCACACCUUCUUGAGUUGCUAUUUUGUAAUCUCAGUAGGGGUGUGUGUAGAGCUCGUGCCAUUCCUUGAGUGGCUGUGGCAGUUGUCCUUCAGCCUCUUGCCAGAAAGUGUACCCAAGCCAUGAUGAUUUCCAGCUCUGUGCACUCUCCCAUAUUACCUCAGUGAACAUUCCCCUACCCUAAUUACUCUGAUAGUUACCCCUACCAAUUUGUCUGACCUAAUGACUGGCUUUCAUCU